AAAAGCGCCGGCUGAAGGGCCCGCGGCGGGGCCGCCUGGGUGAACGUGCCGAGGCGGCUGCGGCGCAGGCUUCCAGCCCCCACCAUGCUGUGGUCCCUGCUGCUGCCCCUGCUGCUGUUGCUGGCCGUGAGCUGCGUCCAGACGACCCGGCCAUGCUUCCCCGGGUGCCAGUGUGAGGUGGAGACCUUCGGCCUCUUUGAUAGCUUCAGCCUGACACGAGUGGACUGCAGCGGACUGGGCCCCCACAUUGUGCCCGUGCCCAUCCCUCUGGACACAGCCUACCUGGACCUGUCCUCCAACCGGCUGCAGACCGUGAAUGAGUCGGUGUUGGCAGGGCCAGGCUAUACUACACUGGCCGGCCUGGAUCUCAGCCACAACCUGCUCACCAGCAUCUCGCCCACCGCCUUCUCCCGCCUUCGCUACCUGGAGUCGCUUGACCUCAGCCAUAAUGGCCUGGCAGCCCUGCCUGUGGACAGCUUCACUAGCUCGCCCCUGAGUGACGUGAACCUCAGCCACAACCGGCUCCGUGAGGUCCCAGUAUCCGCCUUCACUACCCACAGCCAAGGCAGGGCGCUGCACGUGGACCUCUCCCACAACCUCCUCCACCGCCUCGUGCCCCACCCCGCUGGGGCCAGCCUGCCCACACCUACCAUUCAGAGCCUGAACCUGGCCUGGAACCGGCUCCGAACUGUGCCUGACCUCCGGGACUUGCCCCUGCGCUACCUGAGCCUGGAUGGGAACCCGCUAGCGGCCAUUGGCCCAGGUGCCUUCACGGGACUGGCUGGCUUGACACACCUUUCUCUGGGCAGCCUGCAGGGUGUCCCCCAACUGGCGCCCUAUGGUUUCCAUGAGCUGCACAGCCUGCAGGUCCUGGACCUAUCGGGCAACCCCAAGCUCAAGUGGGCAGGACCUGAGGUGUUCUCAGGCCUGGGCUCCCUGCAGGAGCUGGACCUGUCGGGCACAAGCCUGGUGCCCCUGCCUGAGAUGCUGCUCCUCCGCCUCCCAGCGCUGCAGAGCGUCAGCGCGGGCCAGGGUGUGCAGUGCCGGCGCGUGGUGCGCGAGGGUGCCUACCCCCGGCAGCCUGGCUCCAGCCCCAAGGUGGCCCUGCACUGCAUAGACACUAGGGAACAGGCAUCCAGGGGCCCCAACACCUUGUGACAAAUGGUGUGGCCUGGGGCCACACAAGAGACUGCUGCCCUGGGCUGACUUAGGUCCUGGGUAAUUGAUAUUUUAAUGUGCCAAUGCCAGUGGGGACUCUACCAGCCUAUGUGGCAGCAUCAUUGAAAAACAGCUGGGGACCUGGGAAGAGGCUUUGGACCUGGGACAACACCUAGGAGCAAAGUCUUGCCCCUUUGUCUAUAUUGCCCCCAAACUGUAAGCAAAUGGUCUUCAAUGCCAAACCAGACAGCAGUCCCCUGCUGUCCUUCCCAACUUGACCCCAAAGUGCCUUCCCUCAGGGCUGGGCCAACCUGACUGUGACAGAAGGAAAGUCAGAGGUCAGGCCAGGGCUGAGUGCCCCCUGGGGCCCAUGGUCCAGUCACUCAGGGGCAUGGAUUUCUUUUACUCUGGGCACAUGAGGCCCACCUUAUCCUUUUCUCUUCCCCUAGAGCCCUGGGUAGAACUUUAGUUAUAGAAAGGACUGGGGGGGGAGUCAAGUCGCCUCCUCAUGUGACAGAUGGGAGAGCUGUGGCCUGGGGAAGGAACAUGGCUCAGCCGAGGUACUGCAGUGGCAGAGGCAUGACUGGACCCUGCGUCCUGCCUCCCAGCGGGCCCCUUUGCACUUUGCUGUCUUCUAAAUCAUGCCCUCCCUCUCCCCUUCCCCAGUUCCCCUUUGCUUCCAAGACUCACAUCCUACCAUUUGGGUCCUUUUCCUGUCAUCCCGAGGAAGACAGGCAAGGGCCUCGGAGGUGGGACUCUGGGCCCACUGACCAGCUGUGUUGCAUGGGCUGUCACUUCACCUCCCAGCCACUGGAAGCUUCGGGCAUGCCAGUCCCAGCCCUGCCACUUUCCCACUCUGGGGUGGGGUCCCCCAGCAUCAAGACUGGACGUGUACCCGUUGAUCCUUGAGGCACUGCUUCUAGAUGCUCCCCCAAGUUGUUGACCUGGCCACAAGCAGGAGGGGCCUCCCAGGUUCAGCCCCUGCUACUCCAGAGCCCACAGCCAGUAUCACCCUAUUGCGGAUGCAGCGGAAGGAGGCAGGCAGUCCCCACCCAGUUUUAUGUUCCCCCAUCAGGGUGGCAUCUCAGUUUCUCAGCCCUGGGCUCUUUCCUUAGUGUUCAUUUCAUACAAGUUGUUGCCUUUUUAAUGAACUGUCACUUUUAACCAGCUUCCCGCCACCACCCCUGCUGGCAGGGCAUGGAAAGUGUCAUUUGUAAAAGAAAGUUGCAUUUGUUAAUUUUUGUAAUACUGCGUCCUGGGGAUAUAUUAGGGAAGGAGGUUUGGGGUGGAAGGCAGCCGUCAAUGGCCAUGUGGGCAUCAGGGGGCUGGUCCCACAAAGAUGCCCGCUGGACAAGGAGAGCUCUGCCCUCCCCCACCAGCCCCACCCAACACCUUAACUGGU